AUGGCCGACGUCGUGGCGGAAAUUGAGGAUCUCAAAGCCCUCCCCAGUAAUCAACACUGGUUCUGCCCUCGCACAUCCGAUGACGAUCAAUCCAUGUAUUUCGACGAAGACAAUCCCAACCCAGUCCCACAGGAAACAGAGACACAAAAGAAGGCCAGACAUGCAAAGGUUGACAAGGCGCGGCAAUUGAAGAAGAAAGUCUUGCAGGCUUGCCAGAUCCUCGCUUUCGAUGGAGAAGCCGCUGUACAGCUGGGCUCUGCUCUCAAGAGCUUGCUCAAACUCCAGCUACAACGCUGCACUGUCUGUGUACGCGAGUACCAUCGCGGACGACAAGAGCUGAAACACGAUCUCGAAGGCCAGUAUGAUGCUGAUAUAGUGGCUUCCUUCAUGCAAGUGUUUGAUCAGAUGAACACCGAACGCAUUGCCACCGGCCUAGAUAGUGCCACUCAAACUCUUCACGAUCUCGCUCCUCAGGAACGCUCCAUUGCCAGUCUGCCCCAGGAAGAGAUGUAUGCCCUCUUCGAGUCGAUGCACUGCACAGCGUUUCUACAGAACGAAUCUCUCCUUCAACAACACUUCGAUAAGCCCUUCCGUCUUGUCCAAACAAGAAAGAAGAUCACCUUACCGGAAUACACACCAGCCUUGACAUCUUUUCUGUUCAGUCAAAACAAGGAAAGAUCUGCCUGGGCUCUCAGGGGCUGGACGAAGUUCAAGCGUCCCAUUACUGGAACAGAAUUCGACUGGACAGUCCGAGAUACUUUGAACGCUGCUAUGGGCCGUGUCGUCCCUGUCAACAUCGAUCGCGAUUUCUUGCCCAUUUUCUGGGAAGGCGCCAAAGUCAUUAUUGAGAAACUCGACAAACCCCUCAUCACCCAUCACCUCCGAGCCCUGGACAUGGACAUCUACAAGCUAGCCCUCGAUCAUUUUCAACUUCUGUUCGAUGGCUAUGGAAACAUUGUCAGCAGUUUCACUUCUCUAUUGAAGAAAUCACCAACAGACGUUUGGGAGGCUCUAGCUGCUGUUCCCCCACAGACUGUCGUAGAACAGAUUCUGAACAGCCCUUCCAUUGAAAGCCCGAUGAUGACAACCGAGGAAAACAAGCCGUUACAGCUCGAGGCCCUCCUAGAAUGGAUUGAUCCUUUUGUGCAAUCCAUCAAGCCUGCAAAUCUGGCUCCUGCAUGUCGUGCCGUACUACAGCAACUCAUGUCAAGACUACAAUCAGAAAAGUACUCGCGAUAUGCGCAGACAGUUUGUUGGCAUAAAGGUUUACAGGUUAUGAACACUACAAUGGAGAUCAUGAACCAGACCAGUGCAGGCAGCGCCACUGUGGCAGACUUACUUGAGCUCGUUCGUGUGCAUGUCAUGACGAUCCUCGAGAAUUUGCACAGUUUCAAAGAUUCCCCGGCGCACUCGCGCGAGACAGAGCUUGGUCUUGAUGUUGUUCGAAAUGCUCUAUCGCUCGACUGCCAUUCUCUGGCAUCCAUACGUGACGCGAUCUUGCAACAGAAAUCUCUUGGGUUCGAUCUGAACGUCUCGUCACUGGCCAUUUGGAAGGCAGCAGUGAGAAGUGUAAAGCUGGGUGAUAUAUCUCUUACGUCAGCUAUCUUGAUUGGCACGAGCCGUCUUAUGCUUCUGGAACCGCUUGCCCCCAAACAAUCUGCCAACGCUCCGAAGCAUGCCGAGAGCUGGAAUAAUGGAUUUGAGCGCGCUUCGGCUUACAUCACCGAACUCUUUGAGAGGUUACAAGACUUCGAGCCCAAAGAACUUCAAAGCCUGAUGAUCAGCACCGGAGCGUCUCAAAGCCUCUUCUAUGCAGUGUUCUCUGGCCAUGCUGAGAUCCAACAAUCGGCGGCAACCGUAAUCAAGAGCAUGGGCUCCCAGGACUCUCGUAGAGAAGCUGUAAAAUACCUCAUGGAGAACUUCUUCGUGGUGACACUCCGAUCCAUCGCAUCGACUCUUCGUGGUGUGGCUCGGAGCCACAUGUUCUCACCAUGUAGGACCCUGCUUAAACUAGGUAGAGACGUUCUCGACUGCCUCUGCAGUACUCAAGAUGGUAUCCUGCGAUCCCGCAAACUCAACACAGAGGAAGUUCAGGCCACCGAAAACACAUGGCAAGCUCUGUGGAGUGUCAUAGGGUGCAUGUUCAGGUAUACUGAGCAAUGGAGUCUUGCCGGACAUGACAAGAACUUAAUGAUCGAAUUCUGCCGAGACGCCAUGGACUUUGCAGACUACGCUUUCAACCAGUACAGCGUCAUCGCAGGAGCGUUGCGGGAUGCCAACAUUGCAUCCGGCGACAACAAAACUUCCCAAGAGGUCGAGCAGNGACUACUCCAGAUGCCCAGAGAGGCAUCCGGUCACGUUACAAAGUGGCUACGCCUGAGAGACGAGUAUCUGAUCAGCAAGGCCGUGAGCAUCACCUGCGAGAUCAUGAAGCGUCUUGAAUCAGUCGACCUGCGACUUCCCGAGGACUCUACAAUCUAUGUCGACGACGUUCUUAAUGGGACCGUCAAGACGAGACUCAGCAUGUCUCAAAAAGCCGAAUUGCGUCGGGCACUCGAAACCCACAUUGGUGUUGGAUCUGAAAUCCAAGAGCAGACCGCGACUGAGAUAUCUAAGCCUCAGAGGCAAGGCUCCCUUGCAUCCUGGGUUACAUCUGGACUAGGCACGACAGACACACCUUCAGCAAGCAAGCCCAAGAGAACGUUGGAUAUGGAAACUUGGAGAGCUGCCGCAGACGAGUCUGCUCUUAAGAGGGCUAUCUCGAGCGUUUCGCCAACCGCUGAGAUGCUCAAAGCACGCGGUGACUUUGCUAAGAAGUCUGUUUUGCCGACCAGAACUCCAAUCGCACAGCAAGACCCUAACAACUUCAGGCUUAAACGCCAGCAAGAACAGGAGGCUAAACGCAAGAGAGACCUUGCGGCUAUUGCUGCUGCUAAAAGGGAGGGAGGCUCAGGUUUACAAGGCAUUGGUCUGGAAGGAAAAGAUCACUCGACCAAGGGUCAAGGUGUUAUGGUCUCCUCGGAUGAGAGCAGCGAUGAUGAAGACGACCAGUUGGAUGCAGAACUUUUCGGCGUCAAGCCCACCAAGAAGCGAGCUGAUACCGUGAAGAGCGAUGCUGCUGGUGCCAUUGGCUUGAAACGCGAACAGCGUAAUCAACCUGUCAGAAUUGAGAGACGUGUCCGUUCUGCCAAGGACAUGCGAGCUCGACUCGCGCCAGACCUUACGCCCCUACACAAGACAAUUCUGGGCUGGGACUUCUUCUAUGAAGGCGAUUAUCCACCGAGUUCAAAAGACUGGCAAUUCCAAAAGGUUGCUAACUCUUUCCGCCAUGUUGCUGAUUACCAGGAGACAUUCCGCCCACUGCUCAUUCUCGAAGCUUGGCAAGGUUUUGUUAAAUCAAGGGAAGAGAGUUCUUCCAAGCCCUACGAGAUCAAGGUUGUGAACAGAUCCAGUGUUGACGCUUUCAUCGAAAUCAGCAGCUCUGUCACUCAUGCUGAGAACAAGGAGAUACAGAUCUCGGAGAGUGAUAUCAUACUGUUCUCGAUGUCCAACAAUCCCACUGCGGAUGCGGAUGCAGCCCAUUGUUUCGCUCAGGUUUACCGUACACGCCGCCAAAAACAACACAUAGAGGUCACGUAUCGUGUCAUGCCGGGAAGCAACAACAGCUUGAUAUCCCACCUUGUGCCCGGCAUUGUCAUACAUGGUACUAAAGUCCAGUCUAUUACGCCUCUGGAACGCGAAUACGGCGCCUUGCUCGGUCUGCAGUACUACGACUUGUGUGAUGAGAUCACUAAAGCUAGACCCUCUCCUUUAUUGGACUAUACCGACAAGCAAUUGGCCCCUAUCGUCAACAAUUACACACUCAACAAAGCACAAGCCAAGGCUGUUCAGUCUGCUGUCCAAAAUGAUGCCUUCACUCUGAUUCAGGGCCCUCCGGGUUCCGGCAAGACCAAAACAAUCGUGGCGAUCGUGGGUGCCUUGCUCAGUGAUAGUCUUUCCGACAAGCAGCUGGGUAGCAAGAUUGAGGUUCCCAGAGGAGGUGGUACUUUCCCGACCAACACGACUGCAUCAAAGAAGCUUCUGGUGUGUGCGCCCAGUAACGCGGCUGUAGACGAACUCGUGAUGAGAUUCAAGGAAGGCAUCAAGACGCUCAAAGGUGUCCACCGAAAGGUGAAUGUCGUUCGUGUCGGUCGUAGCGAUGCUGUCAACAGUUCUGUCGUCGACGUAACGAUGGAAGAGCUUGUCAACAAACGCUUGGGUUCUACCAACAAUGAUAAGCAGGCAAGGGAACAGACUCAGCAACUGAUGAAAGAGCAUCAAAACGUUUCUGAGCAGGUUCGUUUGACCCGUGCGAAGCUGGACAGCGGGGAAGUCAAGGGCAAAGAGCUCUCGCAACUUCAAGAUCAGUUCAACGCUCUUCGAAAUCGCAAAACCAAAUUGGGAACUCAGAUCGACAACGCCAAAGACAACGAAAACUCAGCUGGUCGAGCGGCAGAACUCAACCGUAAAAGAGUACAACAGUCUAUUCUGGACGAUGCUCACAUCAUUUGCGCUACACUGAGCGGUAGUGGCCACGACAUGUUCCAGAGUUUGAAUAUCGAGUUCGAGACUGUCGUGGUUGAUGAAGCCGCCCAAUGCGUUGAGAUGAGUGCCUUGAUCCCUCUGAAGUACGGAUGUGCCAAGUGCAUUCUCGUGGGAGAUCCUAGGCAACUGCCCCCGACGGUCUUCUCGAAAGCCGCCUCCGCCAACAAAUAUGAGCAAAGUUUGUUCGUCCGAAUGCAGAACAACCAUCCGGAAGCGGUGCACCUGCUGGAUACACAGUACCGUAUGCACCCCGACAUCAGUGCCUUCCCUAGCGCAGCUUUCUACGAAGGACGUUUGUUGGAUGGAGAUAACAUGGCAGGUCUUCGGAAACAGCCUUGGCACGCCAGUGAUUUGCUUGCGCCAUACCGGUUCUUCGACGUUCAAGGUCAGCACCAAGCCGCGCCCAAGGGACACUCUCUCAUCAAUCUGGCGGAAAUUGAGAUCGCCAUGCUUCUCUACGAGAGGCUCAUCAGUGACUAUCGUGAUCAUGACUUCAAGAACAAGAUUGGUAUCAUCACGCCUUACAAAUCGCAACUCAGAGAACUGAAGCAACGCUUCUCAGCUCGGUAUGGCCUUGACAUCACGGAAAGCAUCGAGUUCAAUACGACGGAUGCGUUCCAGGGUCGUGAGAGUGAGAUUAUCAUCUUCUCUUGCGUUCGUGCAUCUGCCACAGGCAGUGUCGGAUUCUUGUCUGAUGUUCGUCGCUUGAACGUUGGUAUCACUCGUGCAAAGUCCAGUCUAUGGAUCCUUGGUAAUUCAGACAGUCUGAUGAGGGGCGAGGUCUGGAAGACGCUUCUGGAUGACGCUCGGGAUCGCAAUUGUUAUAUCACAGGCAAUCUUCAUGGCAUGCUCAAAGCACACUCUUCGAGCUUCCCUGCCAAGAAGAGUUCUCAAAUCAAGCACUCGAAGGUGGCAGUCUCGAAUGGCAACGGAGCCGCCAAGCAGAAUGGCAGUACUGGAGCCACUGCCAGUAAAGCGCAAGAUAACAGUACCAACACCAGAAAAGAAGUCGAUGGUCAGAAGGUCNAAAAAGAAACCGAUGUUCAAGCCAUGGAAGGGGUGCGCGUCAAGUUGGAGGAUAAACUUGCCAGUAUGCGCACGAAGAAAGGCGACGAAGAUGUGGAAAUGGCUGAUGCAGAGUCCGCCCGGAGUGGCGCUUCCACGCCAACAGUGAACAGUGAACCUGUUUCUGCUUCAGCAUCCGUCGCAUCGGGACCGGCUGCUGCCAAGCCAAAAACAUAUCUACUACCGACCACGACGACACCUCAGAUUAUUCGUAAGAGGAAGAAGCCAGCGGACCCCUUCAUGCCUCAGCCUACCAGAAAGCCGAGGAGGGAUUGA